AUGCCACGAGAAAAGACAGCAACGCCUACUACUCCAACACCACCUACACCACAACAGAAUUUUCGGGAUAUGAGAAAGUGGGACGGGAACAGAGAAUCCUUUGACAACAAGAGAUUCCAGGGUACCCCAAACUCUGCACGGGGCAAGGGAAAGAAAACUACUCCAUAUCAAGGUGGAGAGUACCGUCAGAGAGCACCUCCCUGCGCCAAGUGCCAGAAGAAUCAUAUGGGGGAGUGCAGAAUCGGGACGAAUGUAUGCUACAAGUGUGGUGGAGUUGGACACUUCGCCAAAGAGUGCCCUAGCAACAAUAACGCUGGAGUUGGGGGAACACCAAAUGGGCCUCGAGGGAAUACUACACCACCUCAGCAGCCGCAACAGCGUUGCCAACCAUAUCCCACUCAGGCUAGGGCCUAUGCUUUGGGACGCAAACAAACUAAAGCCGCACAGGGAGACCUGAAACAUGAUAAUUUGGCAGGUGAGCAAGAGAAGUUCCGAGAAGAGGCUGACAAUGCCCUCACCUACGAGGGAAGGCUAUGUGUGCCGAAUGACGAAGGACUUCAAAAUGAAAUUUUGACUGAGGCAUGA